AUGGGACACUUUGGUGUGGCUAAAACUUACAGUAUACUAAAGGAGCACUUCUACUUGCCGAGCAUGAAGAAAGACAUUAAGAGAGUAUGCAGCAGGACUAGGAAAGGAAGAGACUCGAUCUUUGUGGUUGUUGAUAGGUUCUCUAAGAUGCCUCACUUCAUUGCUUAUCACAAAACUGAUAAUGCUCUCAUCAUUGCUGAUUUGUUCUUUAGAGAUGUUGUUAGACUGCAUGGGAUGCCUAGGACUAUAGUGUCUGAUAGAGAUACCAAAUUCUUGAGUCAUUUCUGGAAAACAUUGUGGUCAAAUCUAGGAACUAAGUUGUUGUUCUCUACUACUUGUCAUCUACAAACUGAUAGACAAACUGAGGUAGUUAAUAGGACUCUAGCUACUCUUUUGCGUGCUAUGAUUAAGAAGAACAUUAAAACUUGGGAACAUGUAGACUUUGCUUACAAUUACUCUGCCGACAAGGUCAAGGCCGAGUUUUUUGUGUCUUUGCAUGAUCAGGUUAAGAAGAAUAUUGAGGAGAGGACGAAGGAGUAUGCUAAAUAUGCAAAAGGGGCAGGCAAAGGUUUCCUGUGGAAAGGAAGGCUUCCUGUGGAAAGAAAGUCUAAGCUAUUGCCAAGGGCUUACAAGAUAGAUCUACAAGAUCAUUUGGAUUUGAAGUCAAAUCCUUUUAAAGGAGGAGGGGAUGAUGCAACCAUGACUGAACUAGAAGCUGAUAUGGAGCUGGACGAGCUGGAGGAGACUGACACUGAACAAGGAGCUGGAAAGGAGCUGAAUGAGAGUGACACUGAAGAGGAGCUAGAUGAGCUGAACCAGAGUGAUACUCAAAGCGUGAUGGACCUAGCCAGAGCUGAUGGAUUUCGGCCCAAUCUUUCUCAUGAAUCAGAUGCAACUUAUGAAGCCCAAACCAAAGAAGACAAGGAUUCAUUCUCACUGUCUAAAGGCCCAGUUACAAGAUCACAAACCAGGAAUCUGAGGAAGGCAAUCUCGACAUGGUUUACUCCAAACCAGAGCCACUUGCAACCGGAAAACAAGAGAACCAGUUAA